GUAAGAAAUUUGACAACAAACCCAGACAAACUCGCAAAGAAAUUUUUUAUAAACAUUGUAAUUGAAAUACUGGAUAUUGAUGUUAGAGAUGUAAAUGUCAUAAGAAACCAGGAUGUAGAAUAGAAUAGCACAUGUGGUGACUAGUUCUCUUUAAGACACAUGACAGAAUGAUCCAAUCAUAUAAGAAAAAGUCCAAUAUACAAACAUGAUAGAGUCAAGAACUUUCACAGUUCCAUCCCAAGCACAAAGUGCUUUUACAGUGAUGCAUGAACUUCGUGAACGUCACAUGUUGUGUGAUGUCACAAUCACUGUGGAAGGUCAGGACUUCGAUGCUCAUAAAAUCGUACUUUGCGGAUGUAGUCCAUAUUUACGUGCCAUGUUUACAAAUGGAAUGUUGGAAACAGAAAAGGAGCGAGUGGAUAUCCAAGGACUGGAUCCCUGUUCUAUGGGACAGUUAAUAGAGUUUAUGUACACUAGUAUGAUAGAAAUAACAGUAGAUAAUGUACAAGGAAUACUACAAGGUGCUAGUAUGCUGGGUCUUCAUCAGUUGAGGAAGAUGUCUGCUACAUUUCUACAGUCUCAGUUAACAGCCUUGAAUUGCCUUGGAAUCUACUUUUUAGCAGACCUGUAUAUGUGUGGAGAACUUGAGAUGGCAGCACGACAGUUCAUAUUUCAAAACUUUUUAGAUGUCAUUCAUUCUGAGGAAUUUUUACAGCUGUCGGAAGAUAGACUAAUUACGUUGUUACGUAGUGAUAAACUUCAAGUCACGAGUGAAAACCAGGUGCUAGAAGCUGCGUUGAGUUGGAUCAAUGCAGAACCGGAAAUCAGAACUAGAAAUGCUUGUCAUAUCUUACAAUAUGUUAAACUAGCAUUGAUAGACAUGACACAUUUAGAAAAUAUUGUUCUAAAGUUAGAUUUUGUAAAAAAUUGUUUAAAAUGUCAACAGUUGAUUGGUAAUGCUAUUGCUUUGCAUUAUGAUCAGUCAGCUUUAGACUUGAUGACACCUCGUGCCCAGCCUCCAUGUGUAUAUGUUGUUGGUGGGAGAAAUAGUACAGACUGCCAGUUAAAAAGCAUGGAGAGAUAUGAUUUCUUAAUUGACCAGUGGCAUUCUGUGCCAAACAUGAACAUUGCCAGGACUGCUGUUGGUGUUUGUAGCUUGGAUGGUCUGUUAUAUGCAGUUGGAGGUGAAUGUGCUUUAGCUGAUUCACAGGAAAACACAUUGUAUCUCCGUUCUGUGGAAUGUUAUGACCCUGUAUUACGACAGUGGAUAGCCAAACCUGAGAUGAAAAUAGCAAGAUCAUUUGUAGCUUUGGCUGCAGUGGGAAGAUUUUUAUAUGCAAUAGGUGGUGAGGACAGAGCAUGUAGUUAUAACAUUGUGGAGAAAUAUGACACAAAAAAUGAAACUUGGUCAUUUGCACCAAGUAUGAAGAGAAAAAGAUCUGGUGCUGGGUAUUGUGUGUGUGAUGGUAAAAUAUAUGUAGCAGGAGGAUUUGACAGAGCAUUACAUAUGGAUCGUGCUAGUGUUGAAUGCUAUGAUUCUUUAUCAGAGGAAUGGACAUUUGUUUCUGAGAUGGAGAAAGCCAGAUCUGGACUUGCUUUAGUGGCCAUAGAACAUUUUAUUUAUGCAUUUGGUGGACGAUACAAGGAUAGGGAUCAAUACUUUGACCUGUCAGAAAGGUUCAAUACGCUUACUAAUCAGUGGACAACUAUAAAAUCUCUGAAUACACCUAGAGCUUGGCCAGGUGCUGCCGUGUUUGAUGGACGUAUUUAUAUCCUGGGUGGAUUUGAUGGAACUAAUCGACUCCGCAGUGCUGAAGUCUAUGACACUGAAGUAGAUAGAUGGGUGUUCUUAAGUAAUAUGAUUGUGAGUCGAGCUGGCUGUGGUGCAGCAGUUGUAUGACCUUGAACUGUGAAAAGGUCAUAGAUCAAUGAUUUAAUGCUGUGAAUGAUUGUCAAAACAUUUGCAAUUUUGUCUUUCAUAUUUUAUUGGAUUUGUGUAUGAUAGUUUUUGUUUUGUCUUUGUUUUAAGUUUACUUGGCCUAAUGGCCAAUUAGAGCUAUUACCGUCACUUAGCGUCUGUCAUUACCCAUUAUCUUUCAACAAAAAUGGUCUCUUAAAAUAUUGUGCCAUUUGAAACCAACCUUGACUACAUUCAUUUUCAAUGCAUGAAUAUGUAUAUGUUUGAAAAUUAGGUCUUAUACAUGUACUUGUGGAUUCGUUUAUUUUAUUGGAUACCAAUUUUUCGUGGAUUGAGGAGAAACUGGAUUUUUGUGGAUAUUUGAUUUCGUGGUUUUGCCAAAGUCUGCAUACAAGCCUCUAGAAAAUUAGUAUUUCGUUGAAUAUUUAAAUUUGUGGUCCACUUUUACCAACUAAAUACACAAUAAUUUGUAUUCCACAAAUAAUAAUGAAUCCAUUGUAUAUUAAAGUACUGAGCUUCCAGUUCAUGGCUUUUACUUUUUAAAACAAAACAUAGGGUAAAAACUCUAAGAUUAAUGAUUUUUUUUAAAAUUGUGUAGUCUAUAUUUGAAAUAUAAAAUUAAGAAGAUGUGGUAUAAUUGCCAGUGAAAUAACUAUCCAUAUGAUGUGGAUGUUUCUAUUGCUGUCAAGUUUAAAAAUUGAGCAAUACAGACUUUUUGGAGACUUUGGUUUUUAGGGCAUUUAAGCAGCCCUAACAAGGGUAUUGUGUGUACAUAAUAUACACUGUGUUUGAAAAUACCAUUGAAUGUUCAUUAUCUGAAUAAAGAUGAAUUAAAGUACAAAGUGCUUUGUGGCAUUGUGCUCAAUAGAACAUGAGUCAAUCAGUAUCAGACUCAUUCUGUCUAUUUAUAGGAAUGGGGUUUCCGAUAAGGUGGAUACUGGUAAAGUAGUAUUUUAAAAGUUCUCAAUAGAACAUUAGUCAAUCAAUUUCAGAUUUUCAAAACUUUCCAUCUAUUUAUAGGAAUAGGGUUUCCCAUAAGGUGAAUACUGAUAAAUCAUUUGUUAAAAAAACAUUUAUGAUAAAUAUUUUACCCUGUUUGUUACUAAUCAUGCUAACAGUAGCCCGAAAAAUAUGUGAUGAUGAUAAAUAAAAAAUUGUAGGCUAUGUCGCACACUAGUCAAAAAGGGGGCAUUUAAUUUUUUUUUCCUACCCUACUACAGGGGUAAAUCAUUAAUUCUAUUUUGUAAAGAGACAAAGAACUUUCAGUGGUAUUUGUAAACACAGUGUAAUAUAUUAAGCCAGAUGUGCUAGUCUUUGUAAAAUUAUUUUGAUCUGAUAAAGGAAACGGACAUCAUAUAGAAAGUAUUAUAAAUGUAUUGUGUAACAAUUCUCCUAUGGAGAUUUUGUUAUAUGUAAGAAAGUAUAACAGGAGUAGUAUGCAAUCAUUUUUUGUCUUUUUCUUCUUGUUGAUUUACUGUCAGAGCAAGCAAUGUAGGAAAUCAAUGAACAUUUAAUAUUUGUUGAAUUACUUGGAAACUUGAUCUGUUGGUUGAUUGAUUGUUUGUGUUUAACACCAUUAUCAGUACUAUUGGCUAUAUCGUGGCAGUCAGAUUUUAUUGGUGGAGGAAGGCGGAGUGCCCAGAGGGAACCACUUAUCAGAAAAAGUAAAAUCCUAGUCAAUUAAGAUAUGAGUUAGAUGCACCUGCCAUAUAACGGGUAAGAACUUACAAUCUCAGUGUUGACUGGCUAUAGUGAUACAAUAAAUGAAGUACUUCGACCUCUCGGCCCCACGAAACUUGAAAAAGUUACCUUCCAUAUGUGCAAUUUUUUUGUUCCUAUCCCUUCAUCAGAGUGUUUUAGUUCUUGUUUAUUUUUAUUCUAUUUGGCCUGUUUUGUUCCCUGUUUUACAGUAGGUGUGAAAAGACCUUGACAAAUUUCUUUUAAAAUGCUUACAAAUAGUUGGUUUUUCAAUUUUGCUUUUUAGGAAAUUACUAUUUAUAUUUUUUUGGCAGAUAAAAUGCCUGUCUAGAAUUUUUAUGAGACUUAAUCCUCCUUCCAAAAUAUGUUGAGAAUGUUUGAGAACUGUUACUGUAGAUUCAUUCAUUUUCAUGGAUUCAGGAAAACUUGCAGUUUUGUUGGUAUUUAAUUUUGUGGAUUUCCAAAUUCAGUAUACAUCCUAAAAAAUAUAUAAAAUAUGUAUAUAAAAUACUUACUUCAUGGAACAUUUGAAUUCAUGGUUGACCCACAAUAUCUAAGAUAAUUGAUAUACCACACAUAAUAAUAAAUCCACAGUCUCUUAAUUCCUCUAAUAUAUUUGUGCAUUUGUAUCACUGAGAUUUUGUUCAAAUUUAAUGAAUGGUUUUAAAAUGGUAAUUAUGUUGAAUGAAAUGGCAAGAACCAGAUCGUCUUUUCAGAAUCUAAGCACUCUGGGUAAUAUUUUCCAAAAGUGUUGUGAUUGGUUAAAAUAUAUCCCAAACAAUGGAAAUUUAACCAAUGAUGUGAUGUUAUUUUCAUUUUUUUCUUAGAUUAUGAAAAGGCAAAUUGUUUUUUUAGAAGAUCUGUAUUGCAUCUUUUUUAAAUGUCAUCUCUAUUCUAUAUAUUGAGUAUUUCAAAUUUGCAUCGAAAUAAGUAUUUUCAACAAAUCAACACCCUCUGAAGUAUCUUACAAUAUUUUAUUUUUUUUCAAUUACACACCAGAUACUGGGAAGAAUUAAAUAGAAAAGCUUUGUUAUUUAUUUAUAGUAUAUCUAUGAAAAGCUGAAAUGUUGAACUAUUUGAAAAUAAAAUUUGUGUUUACUAAUGGCUCAAUCAGUACUGUUUCACAAGCAUUUACAAGAUUUACAUGUGCAUUAGUUGUAUUCUUUGUGAAGAAGUAUACCUGGAUUUCUAGUACCAAGACUUGACCUCAGUUUAUUUAAAAUUGUGCCAGUUAACUAAAUGACCUUUGCAAACCAAUCAUAUUUGGUCUGUGCAGUCAGUGGUUUUCUGUUAUCACACUUUCAAAUUACUGGAAGAUAUUUUAUUUCCUUCAAUGACAGACAAACACAAAACUGUAAAUUCAGAAAUUUUUAAUGUGCAUUUUAUUAUUGCGGACACAAAUGCAAGAUUAGUUAUUGCAAUUUCAGAAGAUAUUGCAUACACAUAUGAAUUGCAAUGUUUUAUUUUUGAAAACCCUAUCCUGUCAUAAUUUUUCGCUAUAAUAAAAACAUGUCAAAAUUUUCUGAAUUUACAGUAACGGCAUACAAAUCUUAUAAUUAUUUUUCCAUUUUACCUCUGACAAUUUCUCGUCUAAGGCUUUUUAAAUUUGCAAUUUAUGAAAUAUUGAAAUUGUGAUUGCUUUAAAAUGUGUAAUAUAUAAUGGUAUUUCAUUUUAAACAAAGAAAAAUAAAUACUACAAUGUCUUUAUAAAAGGAAUUUAUUAUUGAUUAUGAUUAAAUUUUUAAGACAA